AUGGUUCGAUCUAUCUUAAGCUUUAUAACGAUCGUAAUAAUAUUGAUAUUUGUACAAUCGUAUCAAUGUUGGGGACAAACAAAUAUACCAAAUCUAGUUAUUACCGAGAAAAGUUACUUUGAUUUUAGUAGUAGUCAAGGGUCAACAUAUGUAACCGGUUGUAGCACCUUUGAAGAUGGUUCACUUCGUCUCUUUAUAGUUAGGAAGGGAAUCAGUGCAACAAAUCUUUUACAAAAAAUCAUAUAUUCUAAUGGAACAGAAGUAAGUAUACCACUUGACAAUUGGGGUCUUCCCAUGGGUAUACAACCAAAUACUUUAUCACCUAUAUCCAAUACCAAUGUACUAUUCGCCUAUGCGAACGGAACAAAGCAAAUACUUGAUCCGAGUAAUCCGAUUCAAAAAGAUACUUGGGCUGGGAUCGCGGACGAAAAAGGAAACUUAUUAAAAAAUGUGUUGUUGAUGGAGAAUAAUCAAUUUACUAGUAUUGAAGGAUUUGGUGUUAAUAAUACGGCGCAUCAGUUGGUAUCUAAUGGUGAUAACUUUAUUUAUAUAUAUUAUUAUGACAUGGGAAAUUCUUGCGAAACGAUAAAAUGGAAAGUAUACAAUAAUGCAACAACGUUGAUAGGCGAUAACACUUAUAAUAUCAGCACAAAAGAAGGUUGUGUACGUUCUUAUAAUGCUCAAGCUGUAAUGGAUGGUGGUUUCCUGAUAACAUGGUCCGUAACCACGACACCUUCAAAUUUUACUGACCCGACAUCACCGCCACAAACUCAAAGCCAAGUAUAUGCUGUAUUCGUUAAACCGAACAGCGCAGAAGUCAAGACAUCACCAUUUGUUAUAUUUUCAGGAACUACUGCUACAGAAAUUAAAAUAUUGGCUUGUGCAGGAUCAAGUAUCGGGCAAGGAUUUAAUUGUUUCUUGCAAUUAAUGAUGAAUGAUUCGGCUAAUGGAAUUCAGCCUUACCAAGUUACGUUCUUAUCAAGUGGGAUGGUUCAUAAUGUCGUGCCACUUAGAUCUAAUAUUACUAAUAAUAGAGCUAUUUUUGGGGAUUUCCUGGAUUUGGCUGCUGUUCCUUUGCGUUACGGUGGAUUUCUUUUAAUUCAGAGCAGUUUACGACAAAAUCCGCUUAAUAUUUUAAAUCUCACUGGUACGAACAGUGUAUUGGAUCUAUUUAACUAUACCGGUGGAUUAUUGAAAGAACAAACAUCGAAUAUAGUUUAUACGGGAAUUCCAACAAAAUGGUUGGAUCCUAGAUACAUGGGAGGUUAUUCUAUUUAUACCGUUGCUUUGCCUAAAUUUUAUGAAGAUGAUAAUGGAUAUCAAAAUCUUAACAUCCUCUCAUCAAAUCCAUCCAGAAAUGAAAAAAAUGUCCCACUAACAUUCGACUCGAUAUCAUUUACUUUGAAACUCACGUACCGAACACUAAUUAUACUAUCCGAUCAUGGUAGCAUAAAUAUAUAUCAAAAAGGAUAUGAUGACACUCCAAGAUUGAAGAUCAUGAGCAAUUCAAUAAGGAUAUCUAGUGAUCCUAAUUCUUCUACUACUUUAUAUAUGAAUUUGAUUUCUAGCACUUUAAAUUGUCCAGAAACAGAAUACUAUGUUACUGUGGAUGAUGGAAUGAUACUGAAAGCGGAUUUAGCUGAACCUUUGCCUGGAGUUAAACCUAAUAUUUGGAGUUUUGUUACAGAUCAACAACCUUCGUCGUAUUCUGGGUCAAUUACCGUACUUCUUCGCUUCCGGCCAAAAUCCCUUCAAUUUUUUAUCUCGAACUCAACCGAUGCGAUCCAAAAAGUUCAUGCCGAAAUCUCAAGAUUUCUUCCCGUAAAUAUUGAACAUCUCUCGACACCAUACAACGCAUGGUAUUUCGAUAAGGGUGACAAUCAUGAAUACAUUUUAUUACCUUUGCAAAUCUCACCCGGAGAUUAUUCAUCUCUCUCAAGUUUAAGGUUAUCAUCCGAUCUCGAAGACUUAAUAAAAAAUUCUCCAAACACGAAUAUAGGGAAUGGAACCAUGACAUCAUUAUUGGAUUCUAAAUACGGUGCACCAAUACAAGCAGACUUUUGGUCAGAAAAUAAAGUAGUGUUAAUAGUAGCUGCUGUUAUAGUACUUGUGGUAGUAUUAUUGUAUGUUGCGGCCGAGUAUAGGGAUUCUGAUGCUAGGAAUACUGCCGUACUACAAUUUGCAUUGGUCUUAGCUGAUUUUUCUGAUGUUCCAUUUUUAUUUGUUCCUUCGUUAAUUUUUUCAAUUGUUCCUUUUACUUUCAAUCAAUUAUGGUCCAUAUACAUUGUACUAAGGGAAUCAUUUACAAAUCCUGAUUUUUUUGAUUGGUUUAAACGUAACACUGCCGUGGCUUCCAUGUUCACAGUAUUAGGGUUGGCUGAUGUUGAAGUUUUAAGUAUAUUGAAUUCUAGAGUUGCUGGUAUUAAGGCGUUGCAAGCACCUUGGAGCAAAUGGGCUGGUAUCAUGAUAUUUAUAGGAAGUUUGGUGGGAUUUUUUAUUGAAGAUAUACCAAAAUUCAUUAUUCAGGUUCUGUAUAAGUUAAAUACUGCAAGUUAUAGUGUCAUCCCUUUUUUAACCCUCGUGACAUCAUCAUUGGUAAUUCUUCAUGCAAUAGUAGGAAAGAUGUAUUUGGGAAUCGCAAAAUGGCGUCAAUCUAAACGUCAAUAUGAACCUCCAAAAGGUGGUGAAGAUGCUUGGAGAGAAUUGAUGAGUGAAGUUGAACGAUUAGCUAAAGAUCAUUUGGAAGAAUCAAAAGCUUCUAUUGCUGCUGCUAAGUUAGCUGCUAAGAAAAAAUCCAUGAAAAAAGGGGGUGAUGAGAAGGAAUCUUCAAAGGGUGGUCAAAGUAAAAAUCAGAAUAAAAAUGGAGAAAAUUUGGGAGAAGCUGGAUACGAGGGGGAUAGAGAUGAAGGAGGGAGGAUUGGGUACGGACAAGGAAGAGGCCAUAGAAGUGUGAGUGUAAGUCCGACUGGACAUAUUAGUCCAGGAAGAGUGAGAAGUGAUAGAAGUGGAGAUGCUAGCGAAAGUGAAAGAAAUGGUGGGGGUGGAAGGGAAGAUCAUGGAAUUGUAUAG